AUGCCGAACGUAAAAUUGGAUCUGGAUGCUGAAGAAGCAGCCUUCCAAGGCCAGGUUGCUACCAUCGAAAAGGAAUGGCAGGAACCCCGACAGGCUCAUUUAAAAAGGCCCUACUCAGCAAAGGCGAUUGCAGCGCUUCGGAACACAAUCCCGAUCACCUAUCCAUCCAGUCUUCAAGGAGACAAACUCUGGGAGAUCUUGAAUACUCACGCCAAAAACGGGACUUGUGAAAAGACAUUCGGUACGACAGAGCCGACAGUCGUAUCUCAGAUGGUCAAGCAUCAACAGACAGUAUAUGUCUCAGGAGCAUUAUGCGGCUUAUCUGAAGUGCAGCAUCCGGGGUGUGACCAUGCCGAUUACCCGUGGGACACAGUUCCCAAGGUGGUUGACAAGAUCUUCAAGGCCCAGCUAUGGCAUGACCAGCGCCAGAAGCAAUUCAGAAUGCAACACACCAGAUCUGAUCGGGAGAACCUCGAGGUUUACGAUUUUAUGGCACCCAUCAUUGCAGACGGCGAUAUGGGGUUUGGUGGCCUCACCACGACUGUAAAACUCGCCAAGUCCUUUGUUGAAGCUGGUGUUGCUAUGAUUCAUCUGGAUGACUUGGCCAUCGGGUUGAAAAAGUUUACGGUUGGAGAGGGGCGGACCGUGGUUCCUACAAGCGAGUAUUUGUCACGACUGAGUGCUGUUCGGAUGCAAUUUGAUGUUAUGGGGACAAACACGCUGCUCAUGUGUCGGUGUGACACUGACCGGUCCCAAUUCAUCACUAAUACCAUCGACCCUCGAGAUCACGAGUACAUUAUCGGAGCCACGAAGGAUAUCGAGCCGUUGGUUGUAGCGGUCGCCAAGGCCAUGGCUGAAGGCAGCAGCUAUAUGCAAGCGAGGGAUGAGUGGAAGACCAGGAGUGGCUUGAUGACCUAUGAUGAGGCUGUCAAAGAAAAGGCAACUGACCAGCAGUACCAGGACUACUCAUCAAAGGCAACAGCAUUCGGAACUUCGCUCAAUGAAAGACGUCGAAUCGCAAAAGCUAUCCUGGGAGAAGACAUCUUUUUCGAUUGGGAUUUGCCAAGGUCCAAGGAGGGACAAUACAUGUGGCGGCCAAGUGUCAAAACAAUCGUCGAGCGAGCGAUUUUGGCUGCACCAUUUGGCGAUAUGACUUGGGCAAGAAUGGACGCACCAGUGUGGAAGGACAUUGUCGAGUUUCACACCGAGGUCCGCAAGGUGCACCCAAACCGGCUGUUUGCAUUCGGCUUCACUGGAAUGUACGAUUACGAAAAAGCCGGAUUCAGUCCAGAGCAGGUCCGCUCAUUCAGCGAUGAUAUGGCCAAGUUGGGUAUAGUCUGGCAAGUUCAACCAAUCUGGGCUGUGGGGGGAUUGAACAUGACGGCGGACAAGUUUGCAAAGGAGUGGCAGAAGGAUGGCAUUGCUGGAUACAUUGAGACGAUUUCUAAGCCUUCUAGGAUGCCGCCCAUUGUUGAUGGGUUUCACAAGCCCAGCUAUGCCGGCUCAUAUCUCGCUGAUGCAUUCUUCGCUGCUGCCGCUGGUCAAGAGAUAACGCCAUAG